AAAACCCAACAAACCCUGCUCUGUUCAUGACUCCGUAUUCAUUUUUUCAGUACUGAGAUUCAAUUUGGAAGUCUCUGAAUUUCUUGCUCUUGCGUUUUCUGGAUAUGUCGCUACUCUCAGAUCUCAUCAACCUUAACCUCUCAGACACCACUGAGAAGGUGAUAGCUGAGUACAUAUGGAUUGGUGGAUCUGGUAUGGACCUCAGAAGCAAAGCAAGGACCCUUCCAGGACCUGUUAGUGAUCCUUCAAAGCUUCCCAAGUGGAACUAUGAUGGUUCCAGUACAGGUCAAGCUCCUGGUGAAGAUAGUGAAGUGAUCUUAUAUCCUCAGGCAGUUUUCAGGGAUCCAUUCAGGAGAGGCAACAAUAUUCUAGUCAUCUGUGAUGCUUACACUCCAGCGGGAGAACCAAUUCCAACAAACAAGAGACAUCAUGCUGCUAAGAUAUUUAGCCAUCCUGAUGUUGCUGCUGAAGAAACCUGGUAUGGUAUUGAGCAGGAGUACACGCUGUUGCAGAAAGAUGUCAAAUGGCCUCUUGGAUGGCCUGUUGGUGGUUAUCCUGGCCCUCAGGGACCAUACUACUGUGGUAUUGGUGCUGACAAAGCCUGGGGCCGUGAUAUAGUUGAUUCUCAUUACAAGGCUUGUCUAUAUGCAGGCAUCAACAUCAGUGGCAUCAACGGAGAAGUGAUGCCAGGCCAGUGGGAAUUCCAAGUUGGUCCUUCUGUUGGAAUCUCUGCUGGGGAUGAGUUGUGGGCUGCUCGUUACAUUUUGGAGGUAAUUUUACAUACUCAAAUUGAGAAGAUAAUGUUACCAUUGUCUACUGCAAAUCUUAAUUUUUUCUUGAUCCCUUCGUCCGGACAGAGGAUUACUGAGAUUGCUGGGGUGGUGCUCUCCUUUGAUCCCAAGCCAAUUCAGGGUGAUUGGAAUGGAGCUGGAGCUCAUACAAACUACAGUACCAAGUCAAUGAGAAAUGAUGGAGGCUUUGAGGUCAUAAAGAAAGCAAUUGAAAAGCUUGGGCUGAGGCACAAAGAGCACAUUGCUGCAUACGGGGAAGGCAAUGAGCGUCGUCUCACUGGUCGACACGAAACAGCUGACAUCAACACUUUCUUAUGGGGCGUUGCCAACCGUGGGGCUUCCAUCCGAGUUGGCAGGGACACAGAAAAGGCAGGCAAAGGCUAUUUCGAGGACAGGAGGCCUGCGUCUAACAUGGAUCCAUAUGUGGUCACUUCGAUGAUCGCAGAGACCACCCUCCUGUGGAAGCCUUGAGUACCUGGCUACACACGCCAUUGUUACCAUUGUUGGCAUCUUUCCGUGAAAUUCGGAAUGAAAUGCGUUUCAGUAUGAUUCUUAACAUGUACUUUCCAUUAGAGUAGUACUGUCCUGUUAUUUUCUGCAUCAUUUGCCAUUGUAUACGGGGCUGUAAGGUGAGCUUAUUGCUUGCUUCCUUCAUGAAUCUCCCUCUUGUGUUAAAUAAUGGGUUUUGUAUCAAUGACAAAACGAAAGGGUCGGAUCUCCAUUAUUGGAAUAGUUAUAUUGUUAUCUUUAUUGCCCGA